GGAGACGGAGAAAGGCAGGCGAGAGGAGACAUCGACUCCGCACCACAGCUUCUGAAGGAUAUAUUUAGAUUAAAAAACAAAAGAAGAGUAGACGAGAUACGGCCCUAUGUAGCAGCAGUGGCAGCGCUGAGAGAGAGACAGGGAGUCCCAGGUGGGGUUCUGAAUCCCCAGAGCAGAGUGAUGGAGCCGUCCCAGCCACAUAGCCUCGGAGUUGGGCUACGGUCGUCAGGAGCUCAUGUGAUGGUGACACGCAAGAUGAGACACGCAGAACAUUCGUAUUUAAGUAAAACAUGCAUUCAUCACAAAGGGGCCUGUCAAAUAAGAGGACCUGCUAAGGCAAAGACGACACAACUUAUGUAAUUGUAUCUGUAUGAAAAAAUAAACAAGGACAAAACACACCACCAACAAAGGAGACUGAAUAUUUCCACUGAAAAAUGCAGAACUGAUAUCCAUUGGGGGAGGAAUCGACAACAGUUAAAGAGACAGUACUGGAGACAGUGGAAUCAGCCUACCAUCCUCUUUGGAACACAGGAAGGGUCAUGACCCAGUUGCCAUGCGCAUCACCACGGUGACCAGCCUUCCUAGUCCCUCCCCCCUCCUCCUCUUAUUGGUUCAGCUGCUGUUGUGGCUCAUCCUCCCAGGCCAAGAGGCAGUUGGUGCCGCCUCCACCUGUCCCACGCUGUGCAGUUGUUCUAAUCAAGCUAGUCGAGUGAUUUGUACAAAACGAAACUUAGAAGAGGUGCCCGACAGUAUAUCAAACAACACACGAUACCUCAACUUACAAGAGAACUCAAUACAGGUGAUAAAAUCAGACACAUUCAAACAUUUGAGGCACCUGGAGAUCCUCCAGCUCUCCAAGAACCAGAUUCGUCAGAUAGAGGUGGGCGCUUUCAAUGGCCUCCCAAACCUUAACACUCUGGAACUGUUCGACAACCGCCUCACGCUGGUGCCAUCGCAAGCUUUUGAGUACCUCAGUAAGCUGCGGGAACUGUGGUUACGAAAUAAUCCCAUUGAGACUUUACCAGGCUACGCCUUUCACCGCGUACCCUCGCUGCGGCGUCUUGACCUAGGCGAACUCAAGAAGCUGGAUUAUAUAUCUGACGCAGCCUUUGUUGGACUCAUCAACCUGCGCUACCUGAACUUGGGUAUGUGUGGCCUGAAGGACAUCCCUAACUUGACUCCCCUGGUGCGACUGGAGGAGCUAGAGUUGUCUGGAAACCGCCUGGAAAUCAUCAGACCCGGAUCCUUCCAAGGCCUGGAGUCUUUGCGCAAACUAUGGCUCAUGCACUCUCAGAUGUCGGUCAUCGAGCGCAAUGCUUUCGAUGAUCUCAAGAACCUAGAAGAGCUUAACCUAUCCCACAAUUCCCUGCACUCUUUGCCCCAUGACCUUUUCACACCUCUACAGAAGCUGGAGCGAGUGCACCUCAAUCACAACCCAUGGGUGUGCAACUGCGAUGUUCUCUGGCUAAGCUGGUGGCUGAAAGAAACGGUGCCGAGCAACACCACCUGCUGUGCACGGUGCCAUGCACCACCCUACCUUAAGGGAAAGUACAUAGGAGAGUUAGACCAGAGCCAUUUCACCUGCUAUGCCCCUGUCAUUGUGGAGCCACCCACUGACCUCAAUGUGACCGAAGGCAUGGCAGCUGAGCUCAAAUGUCGCACUGGUACAUCCAUGACGUCCGUGAACUGGAUCACUCCGAAUGGGACCUUAAUGACCCAUGGCUCCUAUAGAGUCAGGAUUUCCGUUCUGCAUGAUGGCACGCUGAAUUUCACCAAUGUAACUCUGCGUGACACCGGCCAGUACACCUGCAUGGUGACCAACUCAGCUGGGAACACGACGGCAACUGCUGUCCUGAAUGUGACCGCAGCAGACGUGAGUGUCAACUACACCUACUUCACCACUGUCACUGUAGAAACUGUGGAGUCUACGGGAGAUGAAGAUUCUGCAUUGCGUGCCUUCAACGAGACCUUCAUCCAUAUUCCUGGGCCUACACCUUCUGGGCACCUCUGGCAUGAAGUUGUCCCCACUACUGCCUCUUCUCUCUCGAUCCUCGGUUCAUCGUCUUCUCCUCGAGCAACCAAGCCCACUUUCACUGUCCCCAUUUCUGAGCCCAACUUUCCCCCUGAACUAGAUGACGUGAUGAAGACCACCAAGAUCAUCAUCGGUUGCUUCGUGGCUAUUACCUUUAUGGCUGCCGUCAUGCUGGUGGUGUUUUACAAGCUCAGAAAGCAGCAUCAGUUGCACAAGCACCAUGGGCCGGCACGAGCCAUCGAGAUCAUUAAUGUCGAAGAUGAGAUUGGAGCGGGAACGGGCAUCCGUGGCAGCGGCAUUUCAGGAGGAUCCACGGUACCACAAGGAGGCUCCGGUGGAGGCGGACAGAGCUUGCGUCUGCACCACCCUGAAAUCGUCAACCUCCCAAACCUUGCACGUGCAGAGCAUCUCAACCAUUACUACAAGACCCAUCACUUCAACAAUAACAUGAUGGGCCUGGGCCUUGGAGGGGGCUCGGGCGGAGGCCUAAACAAUAACAACAACCCUUCACCCUGCUCCCAGGCCCAGACUACCCCCAUCUCUUGCACGCAGGUGCCAGUCUCUGCAGGUAGUACAUCAUGCUCCAUGCCUUCUCCGAUGCCUCUGCCGACCCUUGGCAUCCAUGGGUCACUGAAAGGCCUGAUGGGUAAAGGGCAGAACCCACAGAUUGAGCCGUUGCUUUUCAAGAGCGGCUCCAAGGAGAAUGUCCAAGAAACCCAGAUCUGAAGUUGAGAAAGAGAGUAAGGGAGAGAGGGAGAAAGGUAAAUGUACAGAUAAAAGAUGGAGAGAGAGUAUCAGGGAGACAGAAACAGAUGAAGGGUAUUGGCUGUUCAACCCCUAUGGGUAUGUUCUCAGGAGUAAUGAGAAAGGCAGACCCAGCAUUGUAUGAAAUAUUACCUACACAAGAAUACAAGAUACAGCUGUGAAAUCGCUACCAAGUAAAUACGCCGGCAAAGAGUGGGGGAAUUUCUAGAGGGAAGACAGGCAACCACACAGCAGUUUAAAAUCCGUCUUUACAUUUCUCUGAUCCGCACGUAUAAAGAGGAUCAUCAAACAUCAGCAAACAAAACCACACUUGCCAAUACCUUAUAAAUCUAUAUGUUUUUGUGUAAUGCAAGAUUGAUAAUUAUGUGCCAAACUUGCACCAAUCUGUGCCAAAGCAAAACCUUUGCACACUGCGCAUGUGCACAGACACAUUUCAGAAGACAAAAAGAUCUGCGUGUAUACUGUACACCAUCAAAUACAGAACUCCAUCAAUAAAGCAGAGAUGCUACGAAAAUCAAAACCAUACACACCAUUAAGUAGUAGGAAGUGUAUAUAGAAAUACAUGAACAACCUUAAGUAUUUAUAGACAGUGGCUGAGAACGAAAAAUCACAUGUGAAAAUGGUUUAAAGACCCGUAAAGCUCAGAUAACAAAAUGGAUCAUUAAAAUUUUUGUAGAGGUUCGCAGUCCUACGAAGGAAAGAUGGAUUAGUAGACCAGCACUGUGUAGAGGGCUUACGUUUCAUGAUGAUGAUGGACUCAGAUUCUCCCCUUUCUCGAAGGCUCUCACAGUUGAGGGGAAGAGAGGAAAAUGAACAAGGACUCAAAGCGCAAAAAGACAAUGAAAGAUAUACAAAUUUUAAGAGAAUAUAAAAACUAUGAAAGUAUACAUGAUAUAUAAAUAUAUUUUCAUUCAGAGAAAUAAAUUAUGAAGAAUCUUUACAUUUUUUCUGACUGGAAGCCACGGCUUUUGAAGAAUUAGCAGCUGCUGGUGUAGCGCUUUGUCACUGAUAAUUCCUUUCUCUGCAUUAAAAACAAAAAUGUGUCUGAAACUGGUACACCCUAACAGGACUGUAGGGCAUCCUGAGGAGACGGAGGGACAGGGAUGGAUAUUGUGGAAAUUGCAUUUGAUUUCAGAUACUUUGGCUUUGUUUUUUUAAGUCUCAAAAGGUUUCCCUUUCCUGUUCUAUAACUAACAGGGUCAUUGAGGAGAAGUAAUUUUAAUUAACAUUAUAAACACACUACUGUUUGAUUCCGCAGGCGUUUGAGAUCCAAACUGGGUCGAUAUCAGUUAUUAUCAUUACCAACAGAAUUAUAAAAGACAAUAAUGAUGAUAGUAUGCAAUGCAAUGGAAAGAAAGUAAAAAACUGUAAACGUUGAUCUACAUGCUGCUACACUGAGGAGAUACUUUUAGUGAGAUGUUUUAGGAAAAUCUGAUUUGAAAGCUGAGUAAAAAGAGGCUUCUGUUGACAUUACAUUACUACUACUAUCAUCAUUAUUGGAAAACAUCAAGUGUCAAAAGCAUAACGGAUUUAGUCGCUCUCUUUGUUUUUACCUAGAGGUGAUGCUUGUUUUUCAUUGUGUAAAAAGUGAUUGUCGCUACAGCUGAUAAUCCCCUCAGUAAAGCUGGAAUAGCAGUGGACGUACUGACAAUGACAACGAUUAGCUUGAAGCAUUACGAAGCCACAACAACAACUCCUCCAAACAAGGAAAUGGAUGGGCCUUAAAAUGGCUCCCUCAAUGGCCUGUCCCCUCUGUUUUGUACAAGACAAAAACUUUACCAGGACCCUGCUUUUUUUGCCAACGUGAAUCAACAAGAUUCAGGACAGAACACAAACUCUGGUGAUUACUGCAGGGGUAAAAUGGAUUAUUACGAACACUGUGUCCAGACUUGUGGACGGAACUACUGUUUGAGCAGAAAGUGAACGGAGGACAGCUUUUGAAAGGUAAGAGAAAACCCACUCAGUGAGCAAGAUUGGAGUUUGGAAAGCUUUUUUUUUAAAAAAUGAAAAUGGACAAAUAAAUGACAACUAUAGAAACUUAUAGAGCUCUUUUAAAACAAAACUAUUAUGAUAAUAAGUGUCUUUCAUUAUUUGUUUUUAUCUAGUUUUAUUUUUGUUUAGUUUUGUUUUUUUCAGAAUCAAGUGUUAUCUUAAUUGUAAUAUUGUUAUUGUUAUUAUAAUUAGCUAAUAUUACACUCGUUAUAAUUAUGAAAAAUGUUCUGUUAGCAGAAGUCACUUCGAAAUUUAAAAAAAAAAAUAUAUAUAUAUAUAAAUGGCACACAAACUGGCAACUGAAAUUGUGAAACUUGGUGGCAUUGAUUUGUUCUAUGUUUUUGUCUUAUCUUUUUCUCAUGUAUUUGAGGUAUCACUGUAUGUAACCCUUAGAGCUUAAGGCUUGGAGACAGUUCUCCCGAGAUGCAGACAGAAUGUGAUUUGGCUGGUGGUAGCGUUCUUCUCUGCAGAGGAAGAGAUAUGAGAGAGAGAGACGGAGAGGAAAGAGAGAGAACGGGUUUCUGAUACACGCUCGUUCUCAGAAUGUCACCCAUUAUCAGUGCCGAGAAGUGCGACUGUGCCGUGUCAACACCCUGUUGCCACGGCAACACGCCUUCGCACUAAUGUGCCAAACACUGUCAGAGCCAGGGUGCCAUCUUUGUGGGUCCCCGUGCCUGUGUUUGUCAAACCUUGUUAGCCUACAACACGUACAAAUAUCCACACGCGAGUGCACCGCCAUGUCAAUUGUCAUUCGACAUAUUGGCGCACCCAUACUCUGGCACAAUGUCCCAACAGGUUCUUAUGGUGAGGUUUCCCUGGCAACUGUUGCUGCUGCGACAGUCCCCAUCACGGUGUUUAGGUCGCAGAUGCAAAUGCGAGGACGGAGCCAGUACAGUAUAGGACGCCAUUUACAAAGAUGUAGCCGUUGUCAUCCAUGUUCUUAAAUCGACCCCUUCGCAAACCCCCCUUAGUUGCUGUUGCUAUGGCUGACAAGCCAUGCCACUCUCACACUACACACUAUGUUCACACGCAGUGAAAAAUACAUUGCGAAGCAAAGAGGAAUUUGGUAUUUUUUUCAUGAAAUUCACACAAUAAGUACUGUACUGCCUCAUGAGAAUAUGCGAACCUAUCAUCGCUUCCUCUUUACUAGUUACAGCACGAAAUAAACAUGAACAAACAUUAUAAGGCAUUUUGCCUAUGGAAAGAAGUCAAUACACAGCAUUUAGGUCUACGGAAGUUAACUCUCUUGUCUUGUUUGUUUGUUGGACAAAAUUGUUGAAUCGGCAUUAUGAUUUGUCAGAUCGCCUGUCAAUCAAAUCCCUACGAUGGGUCAAUAAACAUAUUUGCAGCAUACUGCAUAUGAAUAAAUUUCCUUUUCUGUUGACAUUCAUGAACCUUGAGUAGCAGUCAUUGAGAUGUCCGUAUCUAACACGCCAUUGAUCUUCCCCUACACUCAAAUUUCAUAUUCUCCCUCUCAUGCCGGAGAUUUGCAUAUGUUCGUUUGCUUCUCGACUGAUUAACAUACACAUCUGUUUGUGUGUGUGUGCAUAUGUGUGUACCAGACGGUAAUCGUAUUACAUUUGUGCUCAAGGCAUAUGCUUUCUUUCCAAAGCAACUCACAAGAAAGUAUUGCCAAGCAGAUUGGUAGUGGGACAGGGCAGAGACUGUUAUAACAUACCACAUAUCUCAUGAUCUUCACCUAGCCUGCAACCUCAGAUAUCUCUCGCUUCCUGAAGUCUUAAGAAGCAUGCGAAAGCUGUGACAAAGGUAGGAAGACAGGAGCCCUCUCUCUCCCUCGUAGCACUGCGGUAUCUGAGUCACAGGGCCCAAAACACACACUCAUACACAUCUCAGCUCUCUCAUAAACGCGCUUUGCAGAGAAAUACCCUGCCCACCAGCUGGUUAGGACUUAUGCAAAGAGCACCAGAGAAUGUGGUGUCGCGGGUUUUGGCUUAACCAUGUGUCUGUGUGUGAGUGUAUGAAAACUAUGGAAAUGGCCAUUUCAGCUUUUGUAAGCUUAUUUGAAGACAUCCAUGUAUUUCGACCAAUGUUUUCCAUUGAUAGCGUUUCUGUUGCCCUCUCGUGUGUGUGUGUGUGUGUGUGUGUGUGUGUGUGUGUGUGGGAGAGAGAGAGAGUGAGUUUGGGCUGUGUGUUUUACAAUAAGAGACUCUGUUGUUAUUGAGCAUGCACGUGGCGAGCUUGUGUGUAUGUGUAUGUGUUUGCGACAUCUGUGUUUUUGUACUGCAUUUAGAGACUGUCGUGAGAGUCAGACAUCCAUUUUAAAUCCCCGGUUUAAAUCACUUUAGCGUAUUUUCCUAUGCUUCAGGCUUGUGUAUGAUCUUCUGAAUGAUGCUCUUAGCUAGAAUGGAGAAAAAAAACAUCAGUUGGGAUUUUCCAUUUUUUUCCCUUAAUACCCCAAUCGAGAAGUCAGGGGGCAUUCGUGCCAAUUUCCAACCAGCUGAAGCGGUGGGAGGUACUUUCCUAAUAGUGCCCGUGAUACAUUAUUCAGAAAUUCAGACGUACGUCAAUGGUCCCCGUUUGUGUGUGUGUGUGUCUGUGUGUUUGUUUAAAGUUGCAGACAUGCUCAGGCUUUGACAGACAAAUCUAGGGCAGCUCUUGCUUUUGGGUGUGGGGGGUAAAUAUCUUAUUCCAGCAUUUACUUCAAAGAUUUGUAUUUGGUCGUUUGCACUUUGGUCCUGGAUUUAUCAGCAGAAGGUCUAUAGCAUUGGUUCCUCACAGACUGAGUCACAAAACCAAGUCAAACACAUAAACAACUCACUUGAGAGUGUGUCGCUUAGAAUAUCAAUUACAUCCAAAUCAUACUUCAGCCCUACUGCUGGUGAUGGUCCGUUUCUAAAGCCGCUGCGAGCGAUGGUGUCAUUCUUCACAUAUAAAACUGCUUCAUUGUAAUUGUCAGGGCUAGACAGAACAGACAAAUCUUUCAUGGCAGGGUGUGGAUGUAGUUUGUGUCCCUAACAAACUCAGUUUUUACCAGAGUUGCACAGACCGUCACGGCACUCUGACACUGACGAUCCCAAUUGUGAGAAACGGCAUUGUGCAAUAUAAUACAAGAAAAGAGAAACUUUCAAGUAAAUGCAAUCUCAAGAUAUCAUUUAUAGUUUAUUUUAUCAUUUGCUUGUGUUGAACAUGCAUCUAAAGUUUACUUUUCUUACUCGACUGGCAAUGUAUUCUUUUUAGCUUAAAACAAGAACAUAUGCACUGAAUUCUGAAGUUUUUGGUCAAAAAUACUUUUUUUUUUUUUACUUUAAGAAAUAGAUUUUUCACAAAUGCGUUAAAAUUACAUUCAUUCAAAAAUUACAUCAAAGGCUUGUUACAUAAGAUUUGUAUUUCAAAUAAAUGCUCUUCUUUUGGACUAUUCGUAAGAGAAUCAAACGUGUAUCAGUUUCCACAAAAAUAGCAGCUCCAAUGUUUUCACUAUUAUAAUGCUAAUAUUAAGAAAUGUUACUUGUACAGCAAAUCAGCAUUUAAAUGGAAAACAAUUUACAAUCGAAAACAGUUCUUUCAAAACGUAAUAAUUUAUCAAGACUUCUAUCAAAAACAUUAAAAAUGUAUACAAAAAUAUAUUCUCUAAAAACAAGAAUAUGUUGCAAACAACAAAUAUCUCAUGCAUUUUUUAUUUAAUUCUCGUGUAUGGCCUAAAUUGUUUUAAUUGUUUCAACUCUAAUUGGAUUCUGUUUUAUUACUGUAAUUGGCGUCACAUUACUGUUAUUUGCUGCUCAAUGCAUGUAAAACUGUUGUCCUCUGUUCUGAUGCCGAGGGUGAAAGAGAGUGAGAGAACCAGUGUAUUGCUCAAUCCUGAAGACUUAUUUAGCCCCUGAGAUUGAGUGUGUGUGACAGAUUUGGAAUUGAGCAUUAAAGCAGCUUGAGUGUGUGCGGCAAAAGUCACACAUAAUGAUUUAUCGUGUUAGGGUGCGUGUGUAUGGUUUGUUUGAACAUGUGCCUCGUUUGCCAUUGUAGUUGUUGUGUGGGCUUCCUGAUACCCAUCAGGACAUUUAUGUGCGUGUGUGUUUGAGGGGUUUUUAUGAAGAGAAUGAGAUCAGUUGUUCACAACGUCUCUUUGCGUCAUCGCACUGAUCUGCACAAGAGCCCGCAGCAGCUUGUCAAACACUGAUUGCCCCUGAACACACACACACACUAAUGUAAGAUUGUAUCCUAGACCCUCACCUCAGUCAAUAAAGAGCACUUUUACCCGCCUCCUCCCUCGAACGUACACAUGCACCUACGGACAGAGGCAUCGGUAAUUACAUGUGACACCUCAGCCUCGCAAACCGCAUCAGUGUCUUCUUUGUGAUUUCGAAUAGGUUGUGCCUUGUCAUCUAAUGUAAUCCUCCAUGGUACAAGCUUCUUGAAUGCCAUUUGGGACUGGCUGGCACUUGACUGGUAAAUGCACAUGGGCCAGACAUGUAUGUGUGUAUGUAUAUUGGUAGUUGGUAAUAUCCAUCCAUCCAUCCAUGUGCUUGAGCUCUAUAACAAAUCCUAAGAGACUGCAUUUCGUAGCUUGACCUGCCUGCUUCAGCUCCAUUUUUAACUUUGAGGGUGUCACUGGAUUUUGUGGUGGUGGUUAUGUGGCUGAUUAGCAUCCUGUUUUGUGUUUCCUGGGAACAUCAGAAAGGCUGCAUUUUUGGGUUUUCACUCUUUGAAAACAAAUGGGUAUUAUUUGGUUUUGCAAUGAAGAUAAGGUUGCUAAUGGGAAUUAAUUAUAUCACCAAAUUCGAGUUCACUUUGAUUAUUUUCUGGGACAAAUGCCUCACAAUAUUGUUUUCAUUCUUCUUCAGUCCUGUGUGUCUUCCCACAAUGCUUUACGGUAUAGAGACACCAAAAGAUGUUAUGCGCCUCUGGUUUAGAAAGACUUUUUUUUCCUCCAAAAAUCACUUCCUUUAUUAGUGUUUUUGUCUUCUUGUCACUUUAGAAGCAAAGUUGCUUAAGACAUUGGGUUUUGAUGGCAAAGCCAUUCAAAAAUGAUGAUCUUGUCAUUAAGGGACUGUCUUACUAAAAUAUAAGGCAGCUGUAAGGCAUUUUUUGGCUUCUGUGUUGUCAUUUUACUAAAGUAAAUUGUUCAAAUUUGGCAAUGGUGAAUAUAAAACUGAUAAUGAUAAUAAGAGUUCACUCAAAAAUGAAAAUGUCAGCAUCAUAUGAUGACUCUCUUUCUUAUGUUGAACACAUCAUACGAAAAAAUACCAUGGGAAAGAAAUACAGUGCAAGUGAAUGAGGACUAUUGUCUAUCUGAUUACCAGCAUUCUUCAAAAUACCUUCUUUUUAUGUUCAACAAGAAAGAAACUUGAGUGAACUAUCUUUUUAAGGUAAACAUAUUUCAUUGCGUUUCAUAUCUUCAGUGCAUUGACCACAGUUUGUUUUGUUACAAAAGCUUGUUGUGUUCAAAGAAUAUAGAAUGUAAAGUUUAUUUUUCUUACCCCAUUGGCAAUUUCUUCUGUUUUUACACAUAAAUAUAGUUUAGGCAUAAACAAACAGACAAAGAAAUUACCAAUGGAGUCGCAAAAAAUAAACUUUAUGUAAGAUGCAUUCUCUUAAACGUCUUAAUAGCUUUCUUGCUUUUACUGCUAAAGCAGCAAAGUCUUCUAGUUGUUGUUUGGAUGAUUAGAUAUUUUUACUGGAAAUCAAGACAGAAAUACUGGUUAUGAAAAUGUUUAUCUGCAUUGUAGGCUUGUGUAAAUGUGCGACAGCAUCCUGAAUGAGUCGGCUCUGUUAAAACGGCUGAAGCAGCAUCUUGGCUCCUCUCUGAGGAUGAACUCUCAGUUGUGUUUCAGACCAUGCUCUUCAGCCUCAAACGCAGCUACUGUUGUGGGUUUUGAGCAUCUUAUUGAUGCUGUGUUUUUGAAUGAAGCUGGAAAGGGGUACUGUAUGUUUGAGAGGCGGUCCGGUGGAAAAACUUGUGAAGUGGACAGUCUCCAGCCAGCCUGUGGAGGGGCCGGUGAGAGAGCAAUGAGCUGUGACCUGAUCACCUUAUGAAGAACCUGCUCAUGCUGUGACCGCACGAAGCCAACCCAUGCUAGAGCUGCAGGAGAACCCAGAGAUCUGGGUUCUCGGGGUCAGAGCACCCGUGCCGACGGAGACUGAGCGAACUGAAUGAUCUAAAUGUGACCCAGUUACAGCGAAGCGCGGCAGAACGCAGAACAAGAUUUUGCAGAAGAGGCGAAACAAAAGCGUGCCAUUAUCUCAGCACAUUAAAUCUCACACACUGAUUUUGGUGCAAUAACUUUAAAAGGCACAGAGCGGCAUAACAGUAAACAUUUAUCAAUAUGAAAUAAAGUUUAACUAGAAUUAUUGAUUUUACUUUAAACUUCUCCCCCUUAUGUCAGCUUUCAAGCUUUUGAUUUAUGUUCGUAGCACAGUCAUUUUUGUAAAACAAUUUCCUUUCUAUCCUUCCCCAGUGGGGUUUUCCCAAAACCUCAACCACUGUAGACUUCACAUUAGACAAUGAUCUUGUUGUAGCACAUAGGUUGUAAAGCAUUUAGAUGACACCAACUCCCAAAUAUGAAGAUCGCUUUCUUAAAAUAUAAAGGCAGCUCUGAAUCUUUACCAUUUAUACUGUGCGAGAAAAAUGUGGAUAUUACAUAGACAACAAAAUGUAAAUGUUUGCUUGAUAAAUUAAACAACUGGAGCUUAUUGUCUUAUAAUGUAUAUAACAGCUAGGCUAACAGCUAAGCUAUUACCUGUUAAUAGAAAAUGUUAACAAAUACUAGUUUGCAAUAUCAAGCAGCAUAAUGGCCUUUUUUUUAAGGUAGAAAACCGCAAGUGACUCGCACCGGAAGCCUUGAUUUUUUUCAUAAUUGUACAAAUUUUUGAUUUUAUUAGAAUUAUGGAUUAUGGAUCCCACUUUAUAUUAAGUGGUCUUAACUACUAUGUACUUAUAUAUAUAUAAAAAAUACAACAUGUCUACUGUGGUCAUAUUGUAUUUGCAAAACACUUACUGCUAAUGAGGUGUGAUACAAGUAAGGUGAGAGACAGGUUUGGUGGUACGGGUAGGUUUAAGGUUGGAUAAGGUUUAGGAUAUGCAUCAACAGUGCGAUUAUAAAUGUUAGAAAUAAUUAAUUUAAAUGUAAGUGCAUAUAGUUAAGGCCACCUAAAAGUGGGACAGGAUUAUGUUUGGUGUGUGUGCAUAUAUAUAUAUAUGUAUAUAUACUAAACAUUGCAUUAAACAAUCGUGUCUUAAAUGCAUAUGUUAGCUUUGACAACCUUAAGGCCUGUUUAAAAAAAAAAAAGAUAACAACAAAGAUUGUUAAAAAAAAUAUUUCCAGCUCAUGAAUGAUAAAAAAUACAUCAAAUACAUCAAAUCAUAAUCAGUCCUGCUAUAAUGAGCUCAAGAAAAAGGGGCAGACAAUAUUGUCUGCUGGUGUGGACACAGAUAUAAUUAUUUUUAUAGUUACCCGUUCUUUGGUACAUUUUCUUUACACUGUAAAGUCAAGGACCCUCAGGAUUUACAUGAUUGUCAUAGUUGCAGGAAUCUACCAGCAGGGGAUGAACUAGACCAUCUGAACCAACCCCUCUUUGCUUCAUCUGUGGGUUGCUCUCCAUUACAGAGAUGUCUUUAAAACAAAUGCUCCCAUUCCUGAUUUACUAACAAAAAUAUUACAUUUAGAAAUUGGUUUAUUAAAGGUUUCGAGCACUGGACCUCUUGCAAUGUAGUCCAAAAAAAAUCAUACCUCUAGACCACGAAGUCUGGAAGGCUGCAAUCAUGUUUCACCUGCAAAUAAACGUGUGUGCCAAUUCUGCUGAUAAAUCUAUGACAAAGAAAAAGUUCAGGGGAGAAAAUAGAAUGAGAUGAGGCUGGCUGUCAUAGGACGUUCGGACAUGUCUUGUCACUUUUCAUCACGUCUCAUUUGAGUGUGUGUGCGCGUGUAGGCAUGUCUGCGCCAAUGACUUUGUGAACUAAGUAAGAAAGGUGUUCGUACAUCUACCAAACAAUGAGUGUGUGGGCAUAUACGAGUGUGACGCGUGUGAAGAUGCAUACACUGUGUGUUGUAGGUGCCCGUGUGAACAUUUGCUCAGUAACAGCCAGCGUGUGUGUGUAUGUAAGACUGUGGACGUCCGUCCGUCUGCCAAAUUGAGUCAUGUGUGUCUCGGUGUGUGUGCGUGCAGGGACGUUGCUAUCCUUGUAUGUCAAGCGUUGCUGUGGGCUGUGAUGACCUCACUGUUAGUAACCUGCAGGAAUGAGAGGCGCACAGCUGACAUCACCCCUCUCUCUUCUUUUCUCACCCUCUUCCUCCUUCCCUACAUCUAUAUCUUCCGACAUGCGUAUAACACAUCAGACCUUUACGUUCUGAGUCACCGGCUCAAGAGAGAAAAGAGGGACAUUCUUUCUUUCUGUACUUCACUCUCUUCAUUCAGCCCUUUAAAGGUAUGAUUUAACUAGAAACCUAAAUUAUUUACUCAACUUGUUGGUUAUGUCUCGAGUGACAACCAUACAACAGUUCAUUAUUUACUUAUCAUCAUGUCCUUCCAAACCCGCUCCAGAAAGAAAGGCUUUGUGAAUUUCUGUGAAUUUGUAAAAACUGUUGUAGAAAGACUUUUCAAUAUAAUUAAACUGAGUCUGUAUAAUGGGCUGUAAAGCUUCAAAAAAGAUACAGAAACACCAUAAAAGUCCUUAUGACUCAUGCUCUGUAUUCCAAACGCUCUGAAAUUUAAGUUUCCAUUCACUGAUAAUGUUUCUCCAGUGGACUGUUAGGUUCUUCAACUGAGUGAGUGAGUUCAGCUGAUGAACUGAAUCAGUCGGAAUCAUUUAGAACGAAAACCAAACCUUUCAGAGUGGAUUCGGGAGCAAAUCGUUUUACUCCUAUGAAUCAUUUGCUUAUGAAUUCAACAAUGUUUUAUAUUCCGGUACAUUUAUUAGUUUUAUUUUAAAAGAUGAAACCUACCAUUUGAGUCAUAUGGGCCUCUGUUAUGAUACUUCUGCUGUGCUUUUUCACAUUUUAGAGCUUGUUCGAGUCUUCGUUCACUUUCAUUCAAUUAAAAAUACAGCCGGAGUAUUCUUAAAAAAUUCAUCUUUUGGGAAUUAAUUUGUGGGUUUGUAAUGACAUGAGGGUGAGUAAAUGAUGACAUAAUUUUAUUCAACAAUGAUCCCUUUUUGUUUCUUUCUGUCUCACUUUUUCCCCCAUCAGCCUUCUCGUUUAUCCUUUUCUUCCUGAAGGGCCAGGAAUUCACAACUGUCUGGUGUCUAACACACAAACACGCGCGCUGCAACCGCAAUCCUCUCUUGAGAGGAAGAAAAAAAAAAACAGAAACACAACAGAGAAGCAAACUGAUGCCUCAGAUAUUUCCUUCCCUCUGUUCAAUUAAACAUUCCCCCAUCUGCCACUUUGGGUUGUUUGAGUCCCUCUGAAAUAUUGAAAGUAGUUGUUAAUGUGAUUGUUUCUCCUGACUCUGUUUGAACCUGUUGGAUAAAUCGCUCUGGAAUGUAUUAUUAACAUCUGAAAUGUGUCGUGCGCGUGUGUCUGUGUGUUUGUUUGUAUGUGCAUGUGUGUGUGUGUGUGUGUGUGUGUGUGUGUGUGUGUGUGUGUGGAGGAGGGCAGAUUCGUUCUGCUGUAAUGGUUCUGUGCCAAAUCUUUUUCAGACCAUUCAAUCUCUGUUCAUGUGCCAUACUGAUAAAUUUAUGGAAUAAAAGAUGUUCUUUUUUUCACAAAA